AUGGGAUAUAAGAUAUAUUCUAACUCUGACUUAGUUCAAACAGUAACAUGGGCAAACUAUGAAUGGUUCGCUUUAAGAAACUCAGUACAACCACAAGCUAGAGAACAAACAGACCAGUAUGCAACUAUUGAGAAAAUAAGAAGACUUGACCCUAAGGUUCCAGGAGUUUAUGUUAACCUUUCUGGUUCAGAUGGAACUGCUGCCACUAAAGUAAAACUGAAACUUAGAGUUCCUUUGUCAUCUUUCCUCAUCUUCAGGUUUUUAAGAUACUUACCAAACUGGGCAGGAAAAAUUUCUAUCGAACUUACUCCAAGCAAAAAUAACUUAGUCAUUGCACCAACACAAGACCCAUUCACUAUUACAGACGUAAAGGGAACAAAUCAAACGUCAUUCGCCGAAUUUUGCAAAGACAAAGUUGACUUAGACUUUGGUUUCUCAAACUUCAACAAUGAAGUAAACUAUUAUUUCAAUGCUGCUGGAACUGCUUGGGACCCAGUUAAGUUCACAUGCGAAAAGUUUGAAUGCAAGAGAAUAGAAAGCAGACUUGCAGUCUAUAUGUUGGACCCAGAUAUUUCAAAUGCUUUAGCUGCCAAAUAUAUUGCAGUUCCACUUAUGUUCCCUAUACACCAAAUAUCUGUCAAAGACUUUGCAGGUGAAGUUGGAAACCAAAAUCCAGGAGCCGCAGGUGCAAGAACAGAUAUUGCUUUAACAACUGCAAUGAAACAUGCAGAUACUAUGUUUGUACUGUUCAGACGAACUAUAAAUGACUAUUCUUGUUUCUACAACCCUGGUAUUAAAUAUCAUAUAAACAUAGAUGGUAAAUAUUAUCCAAGAGAAGAAUAUUCUACAGUUGAGGAUAUGAGGUCAUACAACUUGACAUUAGAUGCUAUGAACUUUAACAACAACUUCACAACAACUAUUAACCCUGAAAUGCAAAGUUCUAUUAUGCCAUAUGUGAAAGUAUGGACUCAUACAGAA